UGGGGGGAAUUCAUAUUUACAUAUUUUGACAUUUUUAACUGUGGCAUUUUGUCCACACAUGGUUUAAAUUUUAGUCAAUUUUGCAUUUCUUUUAUAAUUUUAUUUUUUGCAAAUUAAUUUUUUUCUUCAUUUUUUAGCAUAAUUUUAAAUAGUAGAAGCAUAAUACAAAAAUGGAAGCAGCAACUUUAGAAAUUGAAUGUCGUUUUCUUGGUGAUCAAAAAUUGCCUAUUGACAACAAAAUUGUCGUCAAAAAUAAUAAUUCAAAAUUAUUUAAUGGAAAAAUACAUUCACAAAUACCAAAAUUUCCAAUCCUUCCAAAUGACUACGAAAUUAGAGAACUUUCAGAAGAAGAUUUUGAUCAAGGAUUUUUAGAAUUACUUGAACAAUUAACUUCGACUUUGCCUAUUACACGCCAACAAUUUAUUGAAAGAUUACAUCAAAUGAGAAGUCAACAACCGAGGUGUUAUCAUAUUUUCAUCAUUAGGAAGAUAAGCACCUGCCGUAUCGUCGCAACCGCCGCUCUAGUUUGUGAACUAAAAUUUGUCCACAAUUGUGGGAUGCGUGGUCGCGUUGAAGACGUUGUUGUUGACAGUUCAGAACGUGGCAAACGCUUUGGACAAAUUCUCAAUGAAUAUAUUGUACAACUUGCUCAUCAUAUGGGCGUUUACAAAUUAUCUCUUGAAUGUAAAGACCAUUUGAUUCCAUUCUAUCAAAAAUUUGGUUAUCGACAUGACGGCAAUAAUUUCCUGGUGCAACGCUUUAUAUAA